UGAUAAUUAUAUUUAUCUUAGUUUAUCUUUAUCUUUAAUUAUAUUUAGCUUAGCUUAGCUUUUAGCUGACAUGUAGACUAUUUGUAGCUCUGGAGGCCAGGAUCACUGAACCGGAGACUCGGUUUUGCAGGCCUAAAAACCUGAUAGCCAGGCCUGUGUAGCCCGUGCAGCCAAAGGCAUAGGCCCUGUUAGCUGUCCCCCAACAGACUGUCCCGAACACGGCUGGGUGACGGUGAAGAGCAACCAUAGUCUUAAACAGAAGCCCCUGGUAUACCACCAAUCGUUAACAAGUCCAGCAUAGUACUGAGUCGUGCUCUGGACAUGAAGACAGCAGCAGCAGUUUUUUUUAACUUGGGCACAGAGCUGAGCUGAUCUUAUCAGCAGUUUCUCUUCUGCUUUCAAUAGAUCUGAGCUGCAGAAGAAGACACAAACUGUGCAGACCACAACGUCAUCUUUUUGGGGUAUUUUUGGCUUUUUGCGGACGUGUGAAACAGCCAGAGAGCAUCAGCCUGUCAGUGAUGAAGUGUUUGAUCCACUGACAGAUCAGUAACUCUGGAGCUCCAUCAGCUGGAUUGAAAGGGUUAGCCAGAGCUGGAUGAGUGUGUGUGGAUGGCUGCAGAGUCAGCGUGUUCUCUCUGAGCUUCAUGGAGCUGUGAUGGACUGAGAGGGACAGCUGGGACACUUUAAGAAGGACCUCUGUGAGCCGGACACACAGCUGACGUGACAACAGGAAGUGAUGAAACCAAAGCCUGAGGCGUCUCUCUGCUGCUAAGACCGCACACCCUCAGUUGACAUCCAGACGCCAUGAAGACGGCUCCUCUGGUCCUCCUCCUCGGUGUGUGUGUGCUGCUGCUGUCUGCACCGACUGUUUCUGCAGUGUCUCUGUCUGUCAGUCCAAACCUUCAGCAGGUCUUCAGUGGAUCUUCUUCAGUGUCUCUGAGUUGUGUUGAUGAUGGACAGACAGCUGAUGGAUGGACAGUGAAGAGGACCAGAGGAGGACCCACUGAGGACUGUGGAGCAGCUGCAGCUUCAAGCUUUGGGCAGUUUAAUAGUUCCUCCUGCAUCCUCUCAUCUCUCACCCAGUCAGACUCUGCAGCUUACUGGUGUGAAACCAGUUCUGGACAGAGUGAUCAGAUCAACAUCACUGUAACUGUUAAAGGUGUGAUUCUACUGAUCCCAGCACUUCCUGUGUGGACAGGAAGUGAUGUCACUCUGGAGUGCAGCAAUGGGAAAACAGCUGCAGCUUAUUUCUUCAUUAAAGGAAGUCCACUGGAAAAUAAUCCUAAACCAAAGCACAUCCUGACUAAAGUCAAGAAGGGUGAUGAAGGUUUCUAUUCCUGUUCUACUAACGAGGAUGGAAAGUCUCCAGAGAGCUUUCUGAGGGUCAGAGAACCUCCUCCUUCCUCAUCUCCUCCUCUUACAUCUACUCUCUCCAUCCACCCUCCAACCUUCUCCCAUCCUCAUGCUCCUCCUCCCUCAUCCAUCCUGGUCCCAGUUGUAGCAGGUCUAGGCUCUGUGGUUCUCCUGGUUUUGGUUCUGGUUGGAGUUCUGUCCUUCUGCGGGAAACCUAAAGGAGGUCGGGGAGCAGACCUGUGGAGCUGUGGAGGUGACGGCUGUCUGAGACGGAGCGUCUGCCUCUGCUUUUCAGGCCUGUUUCUGCUGACUGCUGCAGGUGUGUGUGUGCUGCUGCUGUCUGCUCUGACCGUUUCCACAGACUCCCAGCAUGCCCCAGGGGUGGAGGUGUUUGAGAGGGCGGAGUCUGUCCUGCUGCCCUGUCAGGUACCAGCUGAUGUUUCCAGGAGUGCCACAGCAGCAGUGUGGGAUCGUGAUGAGUUCAAGGUCCCAACAGUCCACGUACGUCUGCAGAGCGGAGUAGAUCUUAAAGAUCAGAACCAUCGUUACUUCAGUCGAACAUCAAUGAGAGUCGACGCUCUGCAGACUGGAGACCUCAGCCUCACUCUGAGAAACCCCACAGUCUCUGACAGUGGUAACUACACCUGCACCACCCGCAGGGCUGGAGACGAUCUGAAGAAGAUCCAUGUACAGCUGAAGGUCAAAGGUCCUCCUCCUCCCUGUGAGUCUGUACUUAGACUCGUCUGCCAUCUAGUGGUCUUCUGUCCAUACUGCAUCUCCACUGGUCUGCUGCUGUCCAUCUCUUGGAGCAGAAAACAACCAAACAAACCGGCGGUCUCCAUGGAGAUGAGCCAGCGUGAUGGAGGAGGUCAGGGACUGGUUGAAGAUGGUGAUGAUGUCACUGCUGAUGUCACCACUGAGCAUGCCUUCUGAGCUGCAGACUGUGUGUCAGGGUACCAGCAUCUGCAGUAUUUCUGUAUCUUGGUUCCUCUUUUGCUGUAUUGGAGAAAAGUUCUAGUGUUUACUGUCAGUGUGGAUUAGUUAGGUUUGAGUUUAUCGCUGUGCCUCCUGUACAUUCUCUCCAGUCCAUCAUGUGUGUCUCCUCCCGUUGUCUUCCAAGUCCAUCUAGUUCUUCCCUCCUGUGUCAUGUUGUGUGAAUUAGUGUUUCCUGUUUUACUUUGACAGUGUCACGUCCUGUGUUCAGUGUAUGUAGCUUUGCUUCCUGUGUGUAGUCAGGUCCACUCUCCCUAAUUACCCUGUUUUCUGUCUGUGUCUGUUUUCCUCUGUCAGGUUGUCUGUAUUUCCACUGUGUCUCUCAUGUCAUGGUCCAGUUCCCUCGUCCUGGUCUCAUGGUCCAGUUUUCCUUGUUUUUUGCUUUAGUUUUCCCAGUUUAGUCAGUGAGUCUAGUCUUGGUUUCACAUUUUAUGUAUGUCAACAUUCCAGCCUCAAUAAAUGACUGUCUUUCUGUUCAA